AUGGCAUUGACAACACAGCCACCUCUUAUAUGCAAAGAAAACACUUCAGUGCAAAAGUUCCCUAAAUUUGAUGAUCAGCCUCAAGCCAUGAAAGACUUUCUGACUUAUCGUCAUUGCAAGAGCUUUCCACAACUUAUAAAAUCCACCAUGAAGUGUGGAGGUCCAAAUAAAUCCAAGGACAUCUUCCUAUUAUUAGCUAUUAAAUCUUCCCCAGGCAAUUAUGAGCGUCGAGAAGCAAUCCGAAAGACAUGGGGGGCAGAAGAGAUUUAUAGGAAUGUUCAAGUGAGAAGAUUAUUUCUAACUGGGAUUCCAAAGUCACAACAGGAAGAGAAGCGUUUGAAUAAAUUACUGGAGAUUGAGAGCCAUACAUAUGGAGACAUCCUGCAAUGGAACUUUCAAGAUACGUUUUAUAAUCUUACCCUGAAGCAGAUUAUGUUCCAUCAGUGGGUGCAGACUUGGUGCCCUGAUGUUCAGUUCAUCUUCAAUGGAGAUGAUGAUGUGUUUGUCAACACAUUUAAUGUACUCGCAUAUUUGUAUAGCCUAGGAAAGAAUGGAAGGACUAACCACCUCUUUGUCGGACAGUUAAAUAUAGGCAUGCCCCCUGUCCGGGAAUCAUACAGCAAGUACUAUGUUCCAGAAGAGCUGUUUUCAGGAAACCUAUUUUUGCCCUACUGUGGGGGUGGUGGCAUUAUCAUGUCUGGUUUUACGACCCAAUCUAUUUUUAAGGCAUCAAAGAAGAUCCCUUUGUUUCCCAUUGAUGAUGCUUACUUAGGGAUGUGCUUAGACCAGGCUGGACUAAAGCCAGAUAACCAUGAAGGAAUGAAGACAUAUGGAAUCUCACUGUCAGGAUCGGUGGACUCAUUUGACCCUUGCUAUUACCAGUACAUGUUAAUGGUGCACCGGUUUAUGCCAUACGAGAUGCUAGUUAUGUGGAAUGCCUUACAGAUCAAAAGGUUCGGAUGCAAAAGAAAUACAAAUUCACAGAAACUAAAUAAACAGAAACAGUAGCAGUAGUUGUUUACAAUGGGCACAAUUCUAUGAACUUUUUAAAAUCUAGAGCCUGAAUGUAAACUCCCCAGUAAGCAAAUCAACUCGGGGAACAAAUUCAAUAUAUGGCCACUAACUGCUCAAAGCAAAGUAUACAUUUGUGAGUUGGUCUAAUAAUCACAGGUGAUUCUAAAUAGGACCAAAG